CAUGUGAUACCAAUCGCGCAAGAUCGACGUUGGAUCCUUGUCGUUGGAUUAAAUAUCAAAUUGCAUCGGGUGCCGCCUGUCUACAGGUGCAAGGUAGCACGCGCGGAUCGCCACAACGUGAAGCUCUCCCUCGUGUCGUCAUCGCGUCAUCGUGCCAGGUUUAACGAGGCGCAGUUAACGCCGGGCAUCGUUAGGGAGGUUGGAAACGCAAGUGGACUGGCUGCACCCUGCAGCUCCCGGAAUCCUCGAAAUUAUCGCUACCCGCGAUUCACAGCAACCGCCUCCCGACUGUGUAGUGAGAAAUAGUGUGCACCGCCGCCUCGUAUCUGAACGGUCGUCUCCUCCUCCUCGAUCGUCUCUCCACACUACCGCCGAGAGAGAGAGACAGAGAGAGAGAGAACCAUCGCGUGCGCGUUUCGCGAAACCAGAGAGAGUGAGUGAGUUAGUUUGCUUAAAAGUGACGAUUUCUCGCGUGUGAAUAUGGGCUGUUAGCGGGGGAAGCUGGUGCCACAGUCCAUUCCUUCCGGAAACGAUCGCGGUGAGAUACUGUCGCGGGGAAGAGGAACGAAGUCAAGAGGAAGAAGGAGGAACGAGGCGUGGGCAGAUUCGAGCAGAGAACGAUCAGAAGGAAGACGAGAGGCGCCGCGUCUCAACUUUCGAAACAGAGAUGAGUUGAGAAUCGACUACGAUGUUGAGUCGUCUUUCGGCCGUGGUGGCCUCCAUUUUGGUUCACCAGCUACACGUUUUGUGUGCCGCCACCUCAUUGGGUGCUAAGCCGUUUCCUGGACUGGAAAACCUGCCGAGGUCGUUCUGGCAUGAGCUCAGCUCGCCUUUUACCGAGGUAUACGAGGUGGAAAGUUUCGCAACAGAAGUGGGCGGCACCCCGGAGCCGAGGCCCUUUUUCGAAGAUCCAGAGAGCAACAUUACCGUGCAACUCGGUGCUCACGUAUACAUGCACUGUAGAGUACAAAACCUGCAGGAUACACUUAAGGUGUCGUGGGUCCGCAGACGCGGUGACGAGCUGCACCUGCUCACCAUCGGCCUGGACACGUACGCCAGCGACUCGAGGUUCUCGCUGGCCCUGGAGAAGCCGAACGAUUGGCGGUUGCUCCUGCGAUCAGCCACCGAACGCGACGGCGGCGUGUACGAGUGUCAAGUCAGUGCUCAUCCGCCGUUAAUCAGGACCGUCUAUCUCACCGUCUCCGGUGAGUAA